GGGCCCGCGGGACCGUGGCGGGGGCCCAGGCGCUGCCAUGGAGCAGCCUGAGCCCGAGGCCGCCUCCGACGACGCCAUGGACGCGUUCCUGGAAAAGUUCCAGAGCCAGCCUUACCGUGGCGGCUUGCACGAGGACCGGUGGGAAGAGGAAUUGGAAAAGAUCCCCCUAUUUAUGAAGAAAGCACCAUCAGAAAUUGAUCCCAAGGAGAAUCCUGACUUGGCUUGCCUUCAGUCAAUUAUUUUUGAUGAUGAGCGAUCUCCAGAAGAACAGGCCAAGACCUAUAAAGACGAGGGCAAUGAUUACUUUAAAGAAAAAGACUAUGAAAAAGCUGUGAUUUCGUAUACUGAAGGCUUAAAGAAGAAAUGUUCAGACCCUGAUUUGAAUGUUGUUCUUUAUACCAACCGGGCAGCAGCACAGUAUUAUCUGGGCAAUUUUCGUUCCGCUCUCAAUGAUGUGACGGCUGCCAGAAAGCUAAAACCCUGCCACCUCAAAGCAAUAGUACGAGGUGCCUUAUGUCAUCUGGAACUGAAAAACUUUGCUGAGGCUGUGAACUGGUGCGAUGAGGGGCUGCAGAUAGAUGCCAAAGAGAAGAAGCUUCUGGAAAUGAGGGUUAAAGCAGACAAACUGAAGCGAACUGAACAGAGGGAUAUAAGGAAAGCAAAAUUGAAAGAAAAGAAGGAGCAGAAUCGGAAUGAGGCUUUACUCCAGGCCAUCAAGGCUAGGAACAUCAGGCUAGUCUCUGAAGCUGCCAGUGAGGAUGAAGACUCAGCCUCAGAAGGUCUAAGUGAACUCUUGGAUGGGCUCAGCUUUGAGAACCCGUAUGGAGCCAGGCUGAGUGUAGAUGACCAGGGCAGACUAAGCUGGCCUGUGCUCUUUCUGUACCCGGAGUAUGCCCAAUCGGACUUCAUCUCUGCUUUUCAUGAGGACUCCAGGUUUAUCGAUCAUAUAAUGGUGAUGUUUGGUGAAAGACCCUCUUGGGACUUGGAGCACAAAUAUUGCCCUGAUAAUUUAGAGGUCUACUUUGAGGACGAGGACAGGGCAGAACUGUACCGGGUGCCUCCCAAGAGCACCCUGCUGCAGGUGCUACAGCACCCCAGGUACUUUGUAAAAGCCCUGACACCAGCAUUUUUGGUUUGUGUGGGAUCCUCUCCUUUUUGUAGAAAUUAUCUCCGGGGAAGAAAGGUGCACCAGAUAAAGUGACCGAGCCAGGCUGUGGAGCCAGGCCCCCUGGAUCUCCUUUCUGAUCUUCUGUCUGGAAUGCAGCAUCCUUGAAUCAGCUGGACAAACUCCUAGAAUCCAGCACAUUCUUUCUGUCACCCUGGAGACAGUUCUUCCUCAUAUCGUGGGUGGAGAGGAGCUGCUGACUUCCUGAGCUGCAGACUCUGUAGUCUGCACUCUCCUCCUAGUGGGGUUCUUGCUAACUGAAUGUCAGGCCUCUGAUUCAAAACUCUGUGCCUUGGUGAUGACAUCCUUGGACUCACUGUGAGAUGUGUUAACCAACAGCCUUAUCUCUGAAGGGACCGCCUGUUGCAGUUACCACAGCAACUGACCGAGGAACUCACUGGACUGACUCAGGAUCUUGUGGCCUGGUUCUGAACCUUUGUGGAAUUAAAGGCUUUAGCGAUGCUACCCCUCAAACUGCACAUAUACACAAACCAUGCAUGUAAUUUUAAGGCAUUAAAGCUGAGAGACUCUGGCCUCUGGUUAUUUCAUGAGCAUAGAGGGUUGUCCUGUGGGGGUACUGUAGAUGCCUUGGGGUGAGAUGUGGCAAGGAAAACCGGGUCCUGUCCCUGUAUCUAUAAACACCUACAAUCUGGGAUCCUCCAGGACCCCUAAAUGGUUUGCCAAUUUUUCUGAUCUUUGAAAAAUGGAGGACUGUGAUACAUGUGAUACACUUAGACAGUGGACUCUGCGUUCUUCACCAGUGUGCACAUUUCAGGAUUUUGUAUCUUUUAAACUGGAAAACCUUUUUGCGUGUUGAGUCAUUGUCUUAGGUUGUACCUA